AAUAGGUUAGCAGGCACCAGGGCUACCCGUCUGUCCAUGUAGCUGCUUUAUGAAACAAGUUUUGGCAGCCAAUCCGGUGGAGUCGUUUUAUUUGUAAUGAGAAAUGUGUUACUACAAUGUGUUAUUCUCUUAGCACUGGCGGGCAGCAGAUAGGGAGAUCUCUGUGGGAUAGAAACGCAGGCUGAUAUCUGAUCUGCUCUCUGUACUUUGACACAAUGCCAUGGGGAACUGCUGGACUCAGUGCACUGCGAUAUUCAGGAGAGAGGCGAGCAGGAUCCAGAGAGGAGGAGGGUCGAAAUACUUUAGAAGUAGCACAACUGGAGAACACUAUACAAUAGAGUUUGAGAAUCUUGUGGAGAGUGAUGAGGGUGAGAGUUCACAAAGUUGUGCCAGGCCCAUCAGCGAGGAGGAGAUUGGCCAUCUGAAGGAACUACGCUAUGCUGCUAUUGCCGAUAAGCAGACACUGAUCGAUGAUAAGUUGAAUGCUGAGUUAGUGGCACAAGAGGAGAAGUUAAGGCUAGAAGAGGAGGCUAUAGUUGCAGCUCAGCGCGAGGCUGCCAGGCUCGCAAAGGAGCGAAAGCUAAAGGAGCAGCUUGCACAGAAGAAAACCGAGGCAGAGGGCAGCAGCUCACAUUGCAAACAGAAGCCAUCAGGGGGAGAAUUUGAAGCGUAUCUGCAGGGUGUAAAGGCUCAGUCAGAGGCAUUCCGCAGUAGCAGGCUUUCCUCUGAUGCAAAUCUAGUGACUCCUAACACAGAGAGCAGCUGGGACUUCACCUGCAGGACUCGUUCCACUAAUGAUGAUGGCACCUCGCUAGAUCUUGAGUGGGAGGAUGAGGAGGGUAUGAAUCGCACAGGUGCUGCUUGGGAGCGGUCUAAAACGGAGGAGGACAUCUUGCGAGCUGCACUCCGUCCUGCCAGUAAACAGCUGGGCAGUGGGCCAGCGUCUGCUUCAGAGGACUCCAAUGCUCUUGAAUGGGAGAACGAUUUUGUUAGCGCACAUGCAGAAGACAGUAGUGAGCAGUGUGAUGAGGAAUUUGAGGGAUUUGUUAAUCCAGUCCUGGACACUCCAUCUGAGGCAGAGUCUAAUGCUGACCAGCAGGACAGAUAAUCCCAGAUGAGAGCACAGAAGUCGUACUAAGUCCAUCAUUUGGCUACAUCUUCUCAGUGUACAUUUUUAAUUUAUCCUUUUUUAAGAUUGGUGUUUGAAUCAAGUGCAAUUUUCUUUUAAUUCUGGGCUGUUCCAGAAAAGUUAUAAGGGUUAGGGUUAGUCAUAACAACCCACUUCUUUUCUUUUGUUUCUUUCUUUUUUUCUUUUUUUUUAAAAAUUUUUUUAUUAUUCAUCUUUGCAUAAUAACCCGAAUGGUAUACCUGGCCUACCUCAUUAAAAUCAAGAAGGGGUACAGAAAUGCUUAAUGUAUUUUUGGUAACUUGCUUAAGCAGACUGGUGCCUGAUAUCCCAGCCAUCCACUUAACAUUGAGCUGAAUUUUUUUUUUUACACAUUCAGCCAAGUGGAACCUGCGGGCUAAACGUAAAUGGAAAUGCAUUUAGGGGAAAAAUUCACCACUUGACCAGUAUCUCUUUUCAUCAACCACUCAUGUUUAUCUCUUUUGUAUGGCUAAACAUACAGGCUGCAAGUACAGUAUAUCACUGCAACUUGUUCAAAUGCCUCUUGAACAUCCUGUCUGUAAAAAUGUAAUGUGUACACAAGUGCUUUUAAAGUGUGAAAUAUAUACAUGCAACACUUUUGAGUUGCUUUAUUUCUCUUUUCUUUAUGAUUUGUCUAAAUUUUUUUUUUGAUGUAUUAGUAGUUCCCUGCCCUAUAGUUCCCUUCCUGACAAUCUUUUUUGUCGAAACAAAAUCCAGUUUAUUUUAAAAUGAGUUUACAAGACAAAAUGUACUGUAUUCGAUCAUUUGAUAAAAAAAAAAGACACAACUGCCAUUAACAUUUUGUAAGACUAUCAGUAAUGCAAUCUGGGUGUACUGCAAAUCUGCUGAGCCUCUGUAGCAUCUCAAAUUAACCAAAUUUAUUCAAUAUGAAUGUACAAGACCCUUUUCAUGUAAAAAGAAAAAAAUAUAUAUUUUAAGCAUGUUUAAACUCUCAUUGUGCCUAAGUGUGACAAUGUAACUCACUGCACAGCAAACACUCUCUUCACCUCGGGCUAACGGUGGAUCUAGAGCUUUAAUUUCUGCUUUUAGGUUGGAUAUAACUAACUAAGCCUUACCAUAGAAGUUUUUUUUUUUUUUUUCAUUGCCACUGGUUUGUGUAAAUAGUGUUAAUAUGUGUGGCAUUGAAAUAAUUUUGGAGCAUUCCAAACAUUAACUCUUAAAUGUGAAGAGUUUAUAGAAUUGCACACGUUUUUUUUUUCUUUUUUUUCCUUAUUUCAUUUACAGGAGGGUUGCUGUGAAUAAAGGAGCACAUUUUAUAUCUAUCCACAAAUCUCACUGAUUAGAAAAACGUACAGGACAAAGACGAAACACAAUAUACCUGUAGUUUCGAAAAUCUUGUCCUCUUGAAGUUUGACUUCUAAUAAAAAUUUACCAGAUCAGAAA